AUGAACUCAACCAGUCUUCGGGACAGCGUGAACGUCGCUUUCACAAAGCUCUUCAUCACCUUUUCUCUCGGCUUUGUCAUCAACUGCAUCAACGGAGCGUUUGUCUACACCUACUUUAAGAGCCAGGUCUUCCAGCUAGACCCCAGGUAUGUGCUGUACAUCCAUCUGGUGAUAAAUGACAUGAUAAUGCUGACACUUUCUGUGGCGCUGCAAAUCAUGACCUAUGCCAUUUCCAUGACAUUCGCUCCCUGUUGCAUCAUGAUGCUCCUGUCAGUCACCACCAACAAGAACAGCCCUCUGACCCUGGCCGGCAUGGCAGUAGAGCGUUACAUUGCUGUGUGUCGACCUCUUCAUCACGUCCAGAUCUGCACUCUGCAGCGAGCCUACGCCCUCAUCGCACUGAUCUGGCUCAUUUCCUUCAUGCCCUGCCUUACAGAUAUCAUCGUUGUCCUUGCCACCGAGCCCCUUUCUGUCUUCUCAAGUACCGUCGUCACCUGUUACCCUAACUACGUGUACACAACGCCAUACCACAAGGCACAAAGUGUGGUUGUACAGGUCCUUCUGUUGUCCUUCGUCUUCCUGACUGUGAUCAUCACCUACCUGAAAGUCCUCUGUGUUGCUCGGGCAGCUUCUGGUUCAAACCAGGCCGCGGCCAGAAACGCCCACAACACCAUCAUGCUGCACGGAGUCCAGCUCCUCAUCUGCAUGUUGUCAUACAUCUCUCCGUUCAUCACCCUCAUUUUAAUCACUGGUUGGCCCCAUGAAAAAAGUAAUAUCAUGUAUACCCUCUUCCUGUUUACCAAUGUGUUUCCACGUCUGCUCAGUCCGCUCAUCUAUGGCGUCAGAGACCAGAAGUUCAGCCGCCACCUGAGGUUGCACUUCAGCUGUAAACGCUGCACUUCUGUAGAAAAGAGGGUGAAGCUGAGAGUGGGACCCCGGAGAAGAUCCAAACAGGUGUUACACUGA